AUGGUCUCUUCAGAGGGAAGCGGCGACCUCCUAACGACACCCGUUGCCAGCUCCAUCCCACAGAAGAGGAACUGGAGUCGACAGGCCCCUCUCGACUCUGUGAGGUCCACACCUGCGUCGAGCACCGCCGGGCUUGGGAAAUGGGCUACCCGCCCUAAUCGACAGAUUCCUUCCACCACUUGGAAUCGCGCUGACCCAUCGCCGACAUCUGUCGCUUCGACUUUAUCUUCCCGGAGAGGCUCCGCUCCUCGCCAGACGACCCCCACUCCGUCCGUAUUUGCUCGGGUACCACCUCGCCCGCAGUCUGGGGGCCGUGAGGCGGCUCCUCACCAGUCCCAGAGCAGAGAUUCCGCACCGCACCAGGCCGGCAGAGAUCCUGCGCCACAUCAAGCAACGGGGCCUUCAAGGUCGCAGCGAGCGAACGCACAGCCGUCGUCCUCCGGAUCCUCGUUCCUGCGUCAGAUACUGCGCAAAGACCGGAUUACUGCUGAACUGGACCGUCUCGCAGCUGGAGAGCAGGAGGACGAAGAUUUGGUGGAGACAGACAAGCGUAAGACCGUUGUCAAUGCCCCUACCCCAUUGGAAGAUGCGGUAGGAGAGCCGCUAGCUGCUGGUGAGCCUGAGGUGCGGAUUCGAUCACGGUCCGGCAAGCAAGCGCGCAAGGACUUCAAGGAGCGAGGCUCUAUCGUAUCGAAGCUGAGUAUCGGCGAGGACGUGACUGUGUCCAGGCAGUCGCGUGCGUCCGGUGCCAAUGCCGUUAGGGAGAGGGAGAAAAGGAAGAAAGCGGUCAGGAGCGCGAAACCCGUCAACGUGGAUAUAUUCAUCCCCAGUGUGGUGUCGGUAGGUAAUUUAGCGAAGCUGCUGCAUAUCAGGUUAGACACUUUGCGACGGACGAUGAUCAAAGUUGGCAUGGACGCGGAGGCAUCGUAUGAUCAUAUGCUUACAUCGGAGUAUGCCUCCCUUUUGGCGAUGGAGUUUGGCCGAAAUCCGGUUGUCAACGAUGAGGCCGCGUUUGAUAUAUACCCUCCGCCCGCCCAUCCGGAUCCUGUCACACUCCCUUCCCGACCCCCGGUCGUGACAAUCAUGGGUCAUGUCGAUCACGGUAAAACGACACUACUCGAUAAGCUGCGUUCUACGUCCGUCGCAAAAGGAGAGGCCGGCGGCAUCACUCAGCACAUUGGCGCAUUCUCUGUACCAGUUGGGACUGAUUCUGGUAGCGGCUCGCGAACUAUCACUUUCCUCGACACGCCGGGACAUGCCGCAUUCUCCGCUAUGCGCGCUCGCGGUGCCGGUGUAACUGAUAUCGUUGUUCUGGUUGUUGCUGCAGACGAUGGUAUCAUGCCUCAGACACGCGAAGUAAUCGAACUGGUCCAGAAAGAGAAGGUGGGCUUGGUCGUAGCUAUCAACAAGAUAGACAAGCCGGGCGUGGACGUCACUAAAGUAGAGCACGCGUUACUGGCCGAAGGUGUCCAGCUGGAGACUUUCGGAGGCGAUGUUCCCGUUGUCAAAGUGUCGGGCAUGACAGGCCAAGGCCUGGAUUCACUUGUUGAGGUCCUUUCCGCCGUUGCGGAAAUGCAGGAUUUGCGUGCUGAGCGCGGAGGCAAAGUGCACGGUUACGUGCUGGAGUCGAAAGUCCAGAAAGGUCUUGGACCCGUUGCGACGGUCUUGCUCCUCCGUGGCUGCCUGAAGUCGUCCGACCACCUCAUCGCUGGCAUGAGUCACGCCAAGGUGCGCGUACUGAGCGAUUCCAAUGGCAAGUCGGUGAAAACCGCUUACCCUGGAAUGGCAGUGACAGUGUCCGGGUGGAAGGAAGUGCCGAAUGCAGGAGACGAAGUACUGAACGGUACCGAGCAAGAAGUCAAGAAAGCCCAUGCUAACCGCCAGCGGAAGGCUGAGAUGGAAGCGACUCUGGGUGAUAUGGAGGUCAUCAACGAGCGGCGGCGGCUUGAGAGGGAGCAACGAGAAAAAGAGCCAGAGGCAGAAGACACUGAAGUCUCUGAUGCCCCCUCAAGUGGUAGCCAGCAAGCAGGACCGAAGGAGCUCAGGCUGAUCAUCAAGGCAGAUGUCAGUGGGAGUGCAGAGGCCGUUGCGGGUGCUCUACAGGGCAUAGGCAACAACCUAGCUCGUGUCAAGAUUGUAGCGACUGGCGUGGGGGAUGUCGUUGAAUCGGAUGUCAUGAGGGCUAAAGCCGUGGAGGGAAUGAUCGUCGCAUUCUCGGUAGGCAUUCCACGCCCUGUCCAGGCGACGGCUGCAUCGCAACAUGUCCCGUGUCUAUCCUCCACCAUUAUUUAUCGUCUCAUGGAUGAAGUGAAAGACCGCGUCAUCGCUCUCCUGCCCGUUAACGUUGAGAAACGGGUGUCGGGAGAAGCAAACGUGCUGCAGUUAUUUGAGAUUCAUCUGAAGGGGAAGAAGACGAUGAAGGCGGCUGGUUGUCGUGUAUCAAACGGGCUGAUCGAGAAAAACAAACUUGCCCGAGUGGUGCGGAACGGGGAAGUUUUGCAUGAGGGUCGUAUUGGAACUCUGAAACAUUUAAAGAAAGACAUUAUGGAAGCUUCGAAGGGGGUUGAGUGUGGCAUGGCUUUUGAACGCUUUGAUGAGUUACGCGAGGGUGACUUAAUACAGGUCUAUCAAGAAAUAGAGACACCAGGUAAUCUGUAG